CCUCUCCGCCCAGUGCGAGCUUUCCAUUGCCCAUCUCGAUUAAGCCUGGAGCGGACGUCGGAUGGGCUCGCCAAGCUAGACCACGGGGCCACUGUCCACUCUACCCGUCUCGGAAGUUGGGGAAAUGGAGAGCGAGCAGGCAGAGUAGGCAGAAGUUCUAGUGCUGUGGCCUGUGGGUGAGUGAGGUGAGUGAGUGAACUGUACAAAAUCGUGUACUGUAUCAUGUACGACGAGAGGAUGAGAACAUGGACGCGUCGGGUGACGAAUCAGCCCAGAAUCGUCCAUGGCAGAGGCGAUUUGACUGCUGAUGAUUCCCAACAAGAAAAACGGACGAUGAGAACCCGAACGCGACCCGGUACGUCUCCCUUGCUAUCGCACUUGGUCGACAUGCUCCCGCUGAACUCUUCUUCCAUCUCGACCGGCAACGUUUGUCCAGGCCAGACGGGCCCUGCUGAUGAGUUGAGUGAGAUACAGCUGCUCCAGGGAAACGGUUAGUUUCAUCCCCUGGCCACAACGUUGUGCAGCGGACGAGAGGACCCUGGCACGUCUGCACUUCUUUUUAUGAUGGUGCACAAAGAGAACCAUUACCCAUUUCAUACCUUAUCGAGAAAAGCCUAUCCAAGGAUCCAAUCACGGGCACAGCGCAAAGCACAGCGCCUCAUGCACCACGAGGAGGGGAAUGAGGGGAUACGUACCUCGGAUUUCCGCCCGUCUCCCUCCCGUCGUUGUUUCUCGCUGGUAGAUGGUACCUGAAAGUCAACAAUGAAGUUUAUACACUUGCAGCUGCCUCUUCAUAAAAGGAGUCAGGCACUAUCGUGUCGUAUCUCCUUCUCACAUAUCUAUCUAUUCAGGUCGCCAACAAGGGGAAGAUGGCUCAGCCCCUGUUUGCCGUCCGAUUGCGACGUUCUCUCUGGCCAGUUCCUUAAUAGGGCGCAUCGUACGCCCACUGUUUACAAAGGACACGCCCCCCACGAGCCAGGUCAGGCGCUCUCCCACUCCUCUUCCUUGCUGCACCUCAGUUCGGGCAACAGAGCCAACCAAUUGGCUCGUCUUACACUCUCCACCUGUCGCCAUUGAAUGGAUGGAUGCCCCUGGGCUUAGGGGAGAAGGCGUUGGAACCGGUGGCCGCUCCAGGCUUGUUUGGCUACUUGGUUCAUUCAAGUAGAGCCAUAGAGGGAGGCCCCUCUCAUACUUUCAAGGCCAAGGUCAUGUUCAGUGAUUCCUCAAUGGGUACUAGCGAGGUGAUAAAAUCACACAGCCAUCUAUUCAGAGCCAAGAUACACUCCCCCGCACCUUCUGCCACACACCUUGGCUGGUCUCCCAAAAUAUUAUUUCUCGUUUGUCUCUGGGACUUUACUUCUCCUUCUUCAACACUUGACAACCUCACUUUGCAAACUUUCAAGCCCAAAAGCAACUAACAACACCAAUCCAAACACAUAGUUCGAGAUCGACACGACUGAAGUCGGUCGAAUCCUGAACAUCCAUCCCAAGUUGCCGGCAAUGGCCUCAUCCAAAGUACGCUGCCCUCAAUCCUCAGAGGGAAACCGACCCGAGCCCUGCCUCAUACCCCGAUCUUGCCCUGUCAUGAUCUCUCCGUGCACGACCUGCCAGAUGGCAGAACAACCUUCCAAGGCCCAGAUUUGCUGAUCUCCUUCGUCCACUUCAGGAAAUGCAGCAGUCCUCGAGGCCAUUGACUCAGAAUCGUUCUCCGAUGUCGUCCACGUCGUCGGCCCUGCCUGGCCGUCAAUCCCACGCUCGGACGAGCUCGCACUCGCUGCUAACAGGUGCUCUGAACGCCAACCACCGAGUGACUCGACGCAAGUCUGUCACCAACCCGAAUGCCAAUGUGACCGCGAUCGCCGCCGCUCUUCGGGAAAGUGAGCGUUCUUCCGCCUUGCCUAUCGGUAGUGGUGGACGCCGGAUGUCCAAGAGCGCUGCUGCCCGGGCCGCUCUCGUCGGCAGCCUUCCCUCUCCCCCCGCUAGUCUCCCGAACCACAAGUCGAUACCCGAAACGAAGCAAGAACUCAAUGGUAGCGCCAUUGAGGACGAUGUGAAUGAGGGCUCGGCUGACGAGGGAGCUACCAAGUUCCAGAAGGCUCGUCAACGCCGUGCCAGCGAUGGCCAGACUCUCAAAGAGAGCAAGAAGAGCAACAGGGUUGAGGUUCGCUGUGACAAGUGCGGUAAAGGCUACAAGCAUAGCAGUUGCUUGACUAAGCACUUGUGGGAACAUACACCUGAGUGGGCUUUGACCUCGAAGCUGCUCAUUUCCAAGCAUCAGCAGGUUCAACUGCUUGAGGCUGCUUCUGUUCUGGUAACCAUGAACGGCGUUGAAAACAGCGCUGACACCCCCCCCGAGUCCACCAAGGACUUCCAGAGUGAAGCUGGUUCAUCCUCGCCUGCUGCGUCUGGAUACUCCGAUCCCGCUGAGCGACAAAGCUCUGCCGACACUACCCCACCUCCGUUUGCUGAAGGGGUCAAUGUUGACGGCACUUCGUACCGAAACAAGCGCUUCAGCAGCAAUGGCGGAUACGCGACCAGCUUCCAGUCUGCUUCGGCUGCCUCCUUCGGAGCAGGAAGUAUGCCGUACGGUUCAGGAUUUGGUCACUACCGCCAGCCAAGCCAUGAACACCGCCCAGGAUCUUCCGGGCGUAACGCUACAGGCGAGGACGAUCGGGACCUGGCUGCUGCUGUUGAGCUUCUUAGCUGCAGCUUUGGGAGCAACAACGGAUCCCGACCUGCCAUGGUUCCUGCUGAUGCCCCUCCCGUUCCUCCGCUGCCAGCUCAAUACCUUGAUCAGGCAGCAUCUCUGUCUGCAAGCUUCAUUAACAGCUUUCCAAGUCGACAGCCUGAGAGCUUCACUCGUGGUGAGAUGAGACGCCCCAGCGACGACGUCAGAAUGGAGGGUAGCGGUGAUUCGGUCAUGGAUGAUGACGACUUCGAGAUGCGUUCGCGCGGUCGUAGUGAAGAUGAUGACGAUGGUGUUUUUGGUCGCAUGGAGGAAUGAAAGAUUUUGUAUGCAUCACUAAUGGGUUAACGAUUGGGACGGAGUAUAUGUCUUGGGUCGGGCAUGUUGGCUCUGGAGUUGGAUUAUAUAUGGGAUGACGUCGAUGGACAUACACGUUAUUCCUUCUUAUUUAUAUGUACACAUACCUAUACAGCGUGUUGGUUGAGGUGGACCAAGCUCCGCCACGGAUCUUUAGCACCGAUGAGUUGGAAAGGCCCUUCUUUGCUUCGCCCAGGUUAUUUGGGGAUACAAGGAGCUAGAUGAGAUUGCAUUGCCACGAGGUUAAAGUGAGGAUUCGGAUAGGCGUCGAGUUGGCACCCAAAUAAAGACCUAUCUAUCAAAUGGAUCAAAUAUUGAGAAUCACAUUGUCGUGUUCUAACAUUGACUCACCAUGAGAUGUGAAUAGGAAUGAAGAAGCAUCAAAUUGAGAAGAAUGAGAGAGGUGAUGAGACAUCACGCAGUUCUUCAAAGUCACAACGGAGCAGAAGAAGAUGCAGACUCUUCUGUUAGAGGACUGUUGAGAGAAGGGAGAUAGCAAGAUGGGAGAAAGCGAGCAGCUUCCUCCUCUUGACCACACUUGAUUGAAGCGCGAAUGAUGGAUCUUCAAUU